AUGGCAUAUAUGCAGGAGGAAAGAGUGCCUCCAUUGCUUACUCGCAUACACCAAGCUUGCUACUAUUGCUUCAAGCCCGGAACGGAUGACAGCGCCUUAAAACGAUGCUCCCGCUGCAGACGUGUGUGUUACGAUAGAUGCCAGAAAGCGAAUUGGAAGACGCACAAGGCUUUAUGCUCAGCAUAUUGUGAAAUGCAGAGCGACAUAGCGGCCUUAGAUCAACCGUCGGGCGAGCCGACAGAGGACGUAUCUGUCCUCAACGACAGAGCGAACAAGCGCGUGCAAUCUAAGAUGAGAAUUCUCGGUCUCAGUCUCGGUCGUGAAUUAACGGUCAUGGAGCGCAAUCUCAUUGGCUGGGAGCCUCGAUGCCUGGCCUGCGCACGCACCGAAGAAGACAUACGAGCAGCAGGUAGCCCUGCUGCGUCACUGAAACCUUGCGCAAAUUGCAGGCUUUUCUUCUUCUGCUCAGAGGAACAUCGCAUCUUCGCUCAACACGCUCACUCGCAUGUUCCUGAUCCCGACUCUGCUCGGGGUCUGUCUCAGUGUGAAGUCAAUUUCAACAUCCGACAAGACUCCAUCGUCCGCGAAGUUAUGGGCGGAUCCGACGAACCGGUGCGCUGGGCCCCUGAGCGCGUGAAACGCAAGUGGGAGUCGCUCGAUGGCCGCACAUGGGAAGGCGAACAUGCUGCUGAAUUGCAGGACGUGGGUCUGCCUCCUCUUGCGGUAGGGCCAUUCUUGUGCUCCGCGACUGACGGGCUCGCGUUCCCGAUGACAAUACUUUGGGCUCUCGAGAAGUUGAACGAAGGCGAUGCCUGGACAAAGAAGGCCAUCUUGACUAUUCAUGUGCUCGGAGCCACCCAAGAGGAGCUCAUGCGAGCCAUGCAGUUUGAAGAGAUACUUCACAGACUUCCAACAGUGUAUAAGUUGAAUCUGGUACUCAUUGGUCCGGAGAUGAAGACCGUAAAGGCUAAGGACGGCACUCCGGUUGUUAUGGACACCUGUCCACGCUGCUUCCGCCGAGGCCGUCAGCGCGUGCAGUACCACUACGCCAGCUUAUACCAUGAUUUUGUCGCAUCUCAAGGCAGCGCGUAUACCACGCCUAACCUCGCCAUCGCCUUUAAUUCCGGCUGCGGCUCCGAAGAAACUGAGUCCUGGCUGCCCACUAUCAAGUCCCUUGUCGAGAAGAAGGUCCCCAGUGUCUUCACGGCAUUCAACAGAGAUGAGGUGAAGCUGGACAGAGCCAUCCUGGAGUCUGCGGGCGCAGUGCUCUUGCCCGGACUCACCGGUCUGAGCCCAUGGGCAAGCCAAGUCCUUCAUCUCGAACCGAACAAAGUUAAGGGCUUUUACUCGAACAAUAGAUUCAUCGCAGGUGUUUUCAUCUGA